AAUCUAAAACAAAAUGAAAUAGAUAUUUUUGGUUUUGCAAGUAUAUUAACAAUUGUCAAAAUUUGGUUCGAAAUUGAAAAAAAUAGGCGGGAGAGUGGGCGAGUCGGCGAGGGUGGCGCGCUCUGUCGAAUGGCGCGGUAAUUUCGAAAUGGGCCAGAGAGGGGCGCGGCGGAGGGUGUGCGCGAGGGAGGAGGAAACGAGGGUGUUCGGCGUGUUUUGGCCGGGACGCUUGCGUAUUCGCGAGGGCGGUGUCGGUGGUGGAAGGUAGCAGCAGCAGCAGCAGCAGUAGCAGCAGCAGCAGUAGCAGCAGCACCACCACCAGCACUACUACCACCACCACCAUCACCACCACUAGAGAAGCAGCAGCAGGAGGACGUUUUUGAGGCUUCGUGCCUCACUUCCUUGCUCGCUCGCUUGCACGCUACUAUUUCUCGUCUCGUUCUUGGCGAGACGACGACGUGACUCGUUUCCUCCAUUUUUUAUCGUUGUCAUUGUUGUCGUUGUCUUACGUCGUCGUCGUCGUUGUCAUCGUCUCUUCGUUUACGUCGAACCUGUUUUUACAUCGUCCUCAUUUACAAAAAAAGAAAAAGCGAAUUUGUUACACACUCACCACGUACACGUAUAUUUAUAUGGAUAUGUAUAUAUUAUAUAUAUAUAUUGUUUGAAGGAGAUCAAAAAAGAGAAAAGGAAAGAAAAACCAGCAGGGGUAGUAGUGCUGGACAGUUCUCGUUGUCGAUGUCGUCGCGUAUCGUCGCGCUUCGUGCACGUUCGUCGCUCGCGCCACACUCGAGAACGCGUCGUCGUCGUCGUCGUCGCGAGAAGGCCGCCUCUUCGUACGCGGUGUUCGGUACGACACUCGACAGUCGUCUCGACGCCACGAACGAGCGCGCUUCUUAUUAUUCCUACUUGUCGCUUCCUUCUACAAUUCUUCUAGCUUCUGUUACUACCACCACUGCCAUCACCGCCGUCGGAACAACAACAACCUUCCUAACAGCAGCAAUCGUCGACAAGGAUUCAUUACAUUUUCUACGAUCGAACGUAGACGACGACGACAACAACAACAGGAAAGGAAACUGAGGUUCCCAGUAGUAUUUAACGGAAAUAACAAACAUUACCCCUCUCUCUCCCACCACCAAUCAACAACCGUGUCACAUUUCGAUUUAUUCUAUUAUUUAUUAUUCUCUUAUUAUUAUUCAUUUUGAUCGCGUGACACACACGCGCGCGUGUCGAUGUACUCCCACUACUAUCAUAAUUACCACCACCACCACUACUACCACUACUACUACCUACUACCACCAUCACCAUCAGCUGCCACCGUUGGAAGCUCGUUGCCGCGGCAGGAGGCAGCACAGCUCCACGCAAUACACCCUUCUACAUGGUGGAAUUUAAGGUUAUAAUCUCGACGUGUAUUAUUUUGACGCGUUGAUACGUCCACCUCGUCGUUUGGCAUCUUCUACUUCUUCUUCUUCUUCUUCUUCUAACUACUGUUAUCAUCCACUACGUCGAUAACUUCGUCAUUGUCAUUGUCAUCGUCUUCGUCGUCCUCGUCCUCAUCGUCGUUGUCAUCGUGGACAUCACAUAGCACAUCUGCGAGUAACCGUCUCUCACGACUCUUUCAAACGACCUCGCCAGCAACACGGCUUAAGUUCGAGAACUGAGAGGGGUCAGCAGGGGGUGAGAAGGCGAGAAGAAAUGAGGUGGACGUGACACAAUGACAUGAUGAAGAGCCUGGUGGGGAUCAUGUGGAUAGUGUUGGUGCUCAUAUCAGGAUGCUCAGGAAAUCCAGACGCAAAGCGACUUUACGACGACCUCCUAUCGAAUUACAACAAAUUGGUACGUCCGGUGGUAAACGUCACGGAUGCCCUCACCGUCAAGAUCAAGCUCAAACUAUCGCAGCUCAUCGACGUGAACUUGAAGAAUCAGAUCAUGACAACGAAUCUUUGGGUCGAACAGUCAUGGUACGAUUACAAAUUAAAAUGGGAUCCGAAGGAAUACGGCGGAGUGGAAAUGUUGCACGUGCCAUCCGAUCAUAUAUGGAGACCCGAUAUAGUUUUAUACAACAAUGCCGACGGUAAUUUCGAAGUAACAUUGGCCACCAAGGCAACGUUAAAUUACACAGGAAGAGUCGAAUGGAAACCACCGGCGAUUUACAAGUCUUCCUGCGAGAUUGACGUUGAAUAUUUUCCUUUCGACGAACAAACCUGCGUUAUGAAAUUUGGAUCGUGGACCUACGAUGGUUUCCAGGUCGAUCUCAGACACAUCGACGAAAUGCGUGGCAGUAACGUCGUCAAUAUUGGCGUCGAUCUGUCGGAAUUUUAUACUUCCGUCGAGUGGGACAUACUCGAAGUUCCGGCUGUUAGAAACGAGAAAUUCUACACGUGCUGCGACGAGCCCUAUCUCGAUAUCACAUUUAACAUCACGAUGAGGCGGAAGACACUCUUCUACACGGUCAACCUCAUAAUACCAUGUAUGGGUAUAUCAUUUCUCACGGUACUUGUCUUCUAUCUGCCGAGUGACAGCGGUGAAAAGGUCAGCUUAUCCAUUUCGAUUCUACUAUCGUUGACUGUGUUCUUCCUUCUUUUGGCUGAAAUCAUCCCACCUACGUCACUCGUUGUACCUCUUCUUGGUAAAUUCGUCCUUUUCACCAUGAUCUUAGAUACAUUCAGCAUAUGCAUCACAGUGGUAGUACUCAACGUUCACUUCCGUUCACCACAAACUCACGUGAUGGCACCUUGGGUCCGUCGUGUCUUUAUCCAUGUCUUACCAAGAUUACUCGUGAUGCGCAGGUAUAAUACGACUUCGAAGAGAACCGAUUACGAUUCCAGGCCGCAAUAUCCUAUAGAUAAACGUAGUAUAAGCGGACAACACGGACAACGGGUGAUGGUUAGAACAUGCAACGGUCUUGAAUUAAGAGAUCCGUCUAUGUUCGUUGAAACUUCGGCUUCGGAGUUGGUUGAAUCCUCUGUUCUCUUUCCAAGUUUAGACUCUCAAGAUGAACUACAUCCUCGAGAAUUAGAAGCGGUAAAUCUAGGAAGUGCGUGUCGUAUUCACGGUUCACCUGCGACCACCGUGGCACCACCACCUCAGCUACCAACUGAGGAAAGCGUUGAUGCUCUUUGCAAUACGCUUCAUCAUUGGCAUCACUGCCCAGAAUUGUACAAGGCCAUUGAAGGCAUUCGUUUUAUCGCCGAACAUACAAAAAGAGAAGAGGACUCUACAAGAGUUAAAGAAGAUUGGAAAUACGUUGCCAUGGUGCUCGAUAGGCUAUUCCUGUGGAUUUUUACAUUAGCUGUGGUUGUCGGUACAGCUGGUAUAAUAUUACAAGCACCAACCUUGUACGAUGAUCGCAUCCCUAUCGACGUACGACUCUCCGAGAUCGCCUCCACCACUGCCAAGCCACACAUCGUUCCGACCCUUUGAGAGGGCCAAUUGCUAAUUUAACCCCUUUAACCCUUUUUGCGUACUCUACGAAACAAAUAAAAAAAAAAA